AAUGUGGCCAGAUAUCUUUAGCUUGAAACAGUUCAGGCAGUACGGAGAGGACUGCAUCUCUAAAAUUUUUUCUACUCAACUUUCAAACAUGUUAUAUUGAGAUAAUUAUAACAGACAAGACUUGCUAACCAUACGCUGUUUCUAUAAAAAAAAAUGAUUUAUUGGAUAUUUGUUGCACAAAUCCGGAACUAUUUCAGCCGAUAUUGUUGCAGGUGGGACUUCGUGAUAGCGCAACACCUUGCCUUCCUGGAUCCCAAAUAACACUGUAUUUGCUAUAUAAAGCGCUCUAGAAGAGAUAAAAUAGUGCUUUUUAAACCCUAUGUCGAUUAAUGUAUGUGCUAUAGCUAUAUUUGGGAUUUUUUUUAUUGUCUUAAAUCGUCUGUCAAUGAAGCUAUAUUGACGCGUGUAGCUUGUAACCUAUUUUUUUUGGAACUGUAUUUGUGUAUUGACAUGCUAGUUAGUUACAGCAGCAGCUCGGAAGAUGAAAAUGAAGUCGUUGCUACUAACAGAAAGCGCAAAAGACAUUUAUUCAGGGUUUCAGCUGCAGAGAAGAAUGAAGGUUCAAGUCAGGACACUGUGGCUCGCCUUCCUCUGCCUGCCUCCGUGAAGGAGAUGUUCAGAGACUCAGAAGAGCAGCACAUAGAUGACAGCUCUCAACAUGGAGGACGACUCAGGUCUUUCCACCACGAGAGAGGCAACUGGGCUACUUAUGUCUAUCUGCCAUAUGAGCCUGAAGACGUGUUCCUGGAGUUGCUGGAUGAGCUGCGGGUUUGUGCCGCAGCUCGUGGCAUCACGUUGACCCAGGCUGAGGAGUUUCACAUCAGCCUCUCUCAGACGGUGGUCCUACGACACCACUGGAUUCAGCCGUUUGUUCAGUCGCUGCGUUCUGCACUGGCAACAUGCCGGGGAUUUGUAUGUCUAACAGGUAAACUGAAGGUGUACUCCAAUCAAGAAAAGACAAGGACUUUUCUCGGUAUGGAAAUCUCUACAGGUCACUCGCAGCUUCUUGAGGUUGUGAAAAGAGUGGACAAAGUCAUGGAAGAGUUCAACCUUAGCACUUACUAUGAGGAUCCAUCGUUUCACUUGAGUCUGGCCUGGUGUGUUGGUGACUUCACUGAAAAACUGCAGCAUGUGUGUUUAUCAGAGUUGCAGAGUCUCGUGGACGGCCACGAAGAUGGACCUUUCCAGAUAAGGCUGAACUGCAAAGAGCUCCGCUGCAAAACCGGGAAUAAAUUCUUUCUGUUCCCGCUGCAAUGACAGACAGCAGUUAGGUGGAUUUUAACGACAAUCUGCUAAUGCCUUCAGACACUCCGGACAAUCAGAAGAGUCAGAGUAGCCUUCCUGAAGGUGUGAUGGAUGUAAUAUUUUACAGUGUGAAAGUUUUAAUAAAGCUUUUUCUUACUAGGAUACUGAAUUCAAUCAGAGAAACUAGAAUUUCUAUUACAAAUAUCCUAACCCUCUUAAACAAUGUGCUAAUUAAAUAUUUGUAUACUGUAAAACAGGAAAUGCUUUUAAUAAUGCCCUUUUAUUACUUAUUUAUUAUUAUUAUUAUUACUAUUAU